AUGAAUUGUCAUAGUGAUAUAGGUUUUGCAUUAAAUUAAACUUUGGAAAAUAUAGAUCUUAAACUCUUAGAUGAAAGAAUUUAUAAAUUAAAGGGAAAAUAUUGUUUCUUAGGGAUUUAAUAUGAUACUGAGUUCUUUAUUUUUUAGAAAAACGGAAGACUAAUGUAUAUAAAAAAUGGAGUUAUUCUAAGGAUGUAAAUAUUUAUAAUACAUCCAUUUAUAGAGAUUCAUUCAAUUAUAUCACUAAUAUAAUUUUUGACCUUGAAUAGGUCAAAUAUUUAUCAUGGGAAGGAGAAAAAGGAAAUUCGGGAUAAUUUAUAGGACAAUGGAAGGCAAAAUGGAAUGGUAUAAAUCUAAAUAUUGGUGGAUAAUAUAAUGAAUGUGGAAUUAAAAUAGGAAAGUGGUCAGAAUUAGGAAAUCAUACUUAUGAGUAACUAUGAACUAUUAUUCUAAAGUGAUGAUUAUCUACUUCAUGUAGGAGAGUAUAAAAUGGGUAGAAAAUAAAGCUUAUGGGAAACAAUAUACAAUGAUAAGAUAAUGUAUUUAUAAAUUAACUUUAAGUGGAUUUGGUAUUUAUAAUUAAUUAGGUAUAAAAUGUGGGAAAUGGUAGGAACCAAUAUAAAGUUAUUCUGGGUAGAAAUAUAUAUAUAUAUAAUAAAGGAUAAACAAUGUCAUUUGGAUUGGAAAUUAUAAUGAUGAAAUCAAAGUGGGUAAAUGGGAUGCAAUACAUAAAAAAAGUUAUUAUAAUACAGAAUUUAUGUCUCUGUAAAUAUGAUUCUUAAAAGUUUAGAGGAGGUGGAAAUUAUACUAAUAAUGGAGCAAAGGAUGGAUAUUGGAUUGAUUUUGAUGACACAAACUAACAGUACAAAAUCAUUUGAAUUUUAUAGUGGAUUAUUUGCAUUGAAGAUUGGUUAAUAUUUAAAUGGAGCCAAGAUUGGAAAAUGGGUAAUAAAAUACUUAGAUGAAAUCAUGUAUUUUAAAUACUAAUUUAAGUGGAGGAGGACAUUAUGAUUAAUAAGGAUAUAAUAUUGGUUAAUGGAUUGAGGUACAUGAAAAAUUUAAUUGGUAAAUUAUUAAAUAUAUUUAUUAUUCACUGUUAUAUUACUUUUCAUGGAUGUUAUUAAAAUGGGUACAGGUAUGGAAAUUGGAAAUAUUUUUAUUACAUGACAACAUUAAUGUAUGAAAAUUAGAUAUCUAAAGGGGAUGUGGUCAUUUUGA